AAAAGAAGCGACCCCGGCGGCAGUGUUGCCAGGUCCGCGAUUUCCCCGCGGAAUUGGGCUACUUUUGAAGUGUUGCCGCGGGUUGAAUUUUUUUGUCCGCUGGUUCGGGUAGACCUAUUUUGCAUGCAAAUACAUGAAUAUCUUUAAAUAAAAAUCCAUAUUUUAAAUGAAAUAAUUUAUUUAUACCCAAAUCCUACCAAACUGACUCCAGAUCAGCACGUACACACAUGGACAUGGGACACGCCCACAUACACACACUUUAAAAGCAGUGUAUAUGGUUUGGCACGGGCAUAUUUUGAGUUCUGAUAUUGGGCUGGUUUUUGGGUUGGUUUUAUUGGCCAUUGGGCUGGUUUUGUCACACAGACCUGGCAACCCUGCCCGGCGGUUCCGCGUUGAGUCUGCUGGUCGGUGAGAACUACAGUUUCGGGGCUUGCCAGUGUAAAGUUAAGAGAAACGAGGUAAACAUAGCCGUUCAUCCACAUAAAGCCGAGAAUGACAGUCAGGAAACCGUGUAAGGUGUGCAACUUCACACGACAGAAAUCGUACGGGUUGGCAGUUCCCUCCUUAGCUGAUCUGAAGAUGAAAGGAAGUGAGUUUUUUGGGUUCAGUCCGAGUCAGCCCGUCACAGUGGUCCUGGAGAAUGAUGGAACGAUAGUAGACGAUCAAGCCUACUUUUUGUGUUUACCUCUAAACACAAAGUUCAUGUUGUUGCAUGAAAAAGAGACAUGGUCACCAGUUCGCAGGGUGGAUGGUGGCACGGCCUGGUUGGCCAGAGAUUCUCUGGUGCUGGAGGCUGAUACUGUGGACUCCUCCAGUGCUGCAGCACCCUGGCUGAACCUGGCUCAGCAGCUGAAGCAGGACCUGACCAGCAUCAUCCUCAUGUCGGAUGCAGACUUACAGACCUUGGUGGAUGCCCCGUGCCUCGAGCUGGCCUCCGCUCUGGGCUUCCAGAAGAAGAGGGCCGAGGACCUGCAGGAGACCCUGCAGAGGGUUUUGGACAGGCGAGAGGAGGAGAGGCAGUCCAAGGAGUUGCUCCAGCUCUACCUCAAAGCUGCAGAGAAAGACGACGCACAGCAGGAAGACACAAGCCCGCCCGGAAAGGAAGGGGCUGGAAAAGAGGAGGUUGAUGGAGUGGAGGUGGACUCUGCAUCCGGAUUCAUGUCCCGGACACUGAUGGUCCUUAAAGGCAAAACAAGCCCAGAGACAAGACUCUCCACUGAGGAUCUGCAGCUGGUUGUGACCAGAGGAGUGGAAGCUAUGGAGCGUGUGCUGGGCUGGGACCGAAUGAGGACUUCUGCGCUGCUGAAGGCCUGCGAAGCCGAGCUGACCGGACGUCUCCAGCAGGUUCAGGCCGUGCAGUCCAUCAGGAGCAACACGCAGCUGGACAGCAGCCGGCAGUCCAGUUAGCAGAGCGCGGAGGAGGGCCUAGAACCGCCAUCCCCCCGAGGCUUCACCUGAGAAGAGACUGAUAAGAAUUCUCACCGCCUGCCUCAGGGUCAGAGGAAUGGGAUUCACCUUGUGUUAAUAAUAGUAUCCAUAAUGCUGGAAUGCAUGAAUGUUUAUGAUGUUGCCGUUUGCAUAAUUUUGUAGAACCCGGGAACCACUUGCUGUUUGCCUCCCAGAGGAAGCGGAGUCAUGUGCUCAAGUUCUGUUUAUCAAAGACAAGCUGGCGUAAACCACUGGCAUCAACUUCCUAUCUGGUAUCGUAUUUUGGAGAGUGUCACGCUGUGGAAAUAAUCGCAGAUAAACACAUUCCUGUGAAAAGCAACACAUUUUGGGAAACAGGCCCGUUUCGCUUUCAUGUGGAGAGUUGGCUCAGGCGGUCGACACCAUCACUCUCCGAAUGCCAGAUCGCUUAGUUCAGCGUAACAUCUGGACACUGGGAAACGGCUAGCUAGAACCAGGCCCCGGGUCAACUCGAUGACCAGACUGCAGCUCAUUAUACCCCGACUGGUGGGUUUUGGACAUCAUUUGUGUGAUUUUUAAAACGAUGAGAUGAAGGGCCCUUGGCGUCUGUUGCCUUCAGAGCCGGGCUCGUUGUUUCCCACUGUUCCCAGUCUGUUUGCUCUGCUGACGGCAGCUUCUCUAGUUGAUCUGCAUGACCGUGGUAUCAAAGCGCUCGUCCAAAGAUGUGGAAUUAUUGCUUUAAGGUUUUAUAUAUUGCUACGGUUGAAUGAACUUCCCAGUGGUAUUGUUUACAUUCCCCCCCCCCCCCCCCCCCGACCCUAUUCACUGCUGAUUUUAGACAGAAAUUGUGCACUGUAUUUUAUUGUCGAGUAAAUAUAAUUAUUAGUUAAGAAAUAUGCUUUAAACUUGCUGGAGGGGCUGAAUGUAUUGCUUUAUGUCUGAAAAGAAUGUACGUGCUUUCACAGAAAUUACUUUUAUAUGGGAUAUUUUGGGAAGUUUACAGUAGCGUUGUGUUAUUAGCUGGCAGAUUUUACCGUUUUCUUUGUCAGUUUUAAGGGCCACUAAUUUGUGAUGAAAAUAAACCGGUCCCCCUUCAGGGAGCAUCAACAUGUUCUUUUGUAAAUAAACUACACUAGCCUAUA